AUGGAAUGUAUUGUAUGCACAGAUGAAACAGGGUGAGAGAGAGAGAGAGAGAGAGAGAGAGAGAGGACGCAGUUGAACUCCGGAAAACACUGUCAGGCUCUGCCAUUCCCAGCUUUGGGCCGCGCCUCUCGCUGUCUUGACUCCAAUGUCUCUGCUCUCGACUCCCAUCCCUAUUUCUAGCUCUCUUCCCCUUAAUCUCGCCUGCCAUUUUCCGAAAACUGCAAAAAUUCCAACUGGAAUCCCAAACCGCAACCAACCCAAUUGCAGAAAUAUAUUUCUGUUAUCCUUCUAUAAGGUUAUGACACAGUCGCCGCGGAAUCAACAUCUUUGCUCUCUGAAAUUUGUCUUGCCAUUCAAGCAUUGCAUUUGUUCCUGGGAAGAUGGUGCCCGUCCCAAGAAUUGUAGGGCUAUGGACUGCUUUGUUCUUGGCGCUGCUGAACCCCCUCGUCCAUUGCAAGACCGAUUCCCCAGAUAUCUCUGCUCUCACAGUCAUGUAUAGCAGUUUAAAUUCUCCUUCCCAGCUGACUGGUUGGAAAUCAAGUGGAGGUGACCCGUGUGGUGAAGACUGGAUAGGAAUCAAAUGCUCGGGUUCAUCUGUAACUGAAAUAAAUUUAUCUGGUCUUGGACUCACUGGAUCAAUGGGAUAUCAGCUAUCAAGCUUGACAUCAGUCACUUCCUUCGAUUUGAGCCACAACAACCUUAAAGGUGAUAUACCAUAUCAACUUCCUCCUAAUGUGGUUGACAUGGAUCUUUCUGGGAAUAGUUUCACUGGUGGUGUGCCUUAUUCUAUUUCUCAGAUGUCUGAGCUUAAACACCUAAAUCUUGGUCAUAAUAAGCUUAAUGGACAGUUGAGUGAUAUGUUUGGACAACUGCAGAAACUCUCAUCACUGGAUCUGUCCUACAAUUCACUUUCAGGCAAUUUGCCUCAGAGUUUUGGAUCUCUCUCAAGCCUUGCUACAUUGCAUUUGCAGAACAAUCAAUUCACUGGUUCAAUAAAUGCCCUUGCUGACCUUCCCCUGGAUGAUUUGAACAUUGCAAAUAACCGAUUUACUGGCUGGAUCCCUGAUGAUCUGAAAAAUAUAAAAAGUAUACAGACUGGAGGAAAUUCUUGGUCAUCAGGGCCAGCUCCUCCUUCGUACCAUCAUUCUAGUAGGCAUACAAGCAAAGAUGGAAAAGAAGAUAAGUCUGGUCUGAGUGGAGCUGCCAUAGCUGGGAUAGCUUUGGGUGUUUUGCUGGCACUUGUAAUUGUAAUAGUUUUGCUUUCAAGAAAAUCUGCUUCUCCUGCUCCACAUUUUCUUGAUGAAGAGAGGCUUGGCCAGCUUAGAUCAUUUAGCCCCCUCUCAUCCCAAGAGCUGUCCUCUGAUUUACAUGCAGAUGCACACAAGGAUUUUAAAGGGCUGAAGUCAUUUGAUUCAUCUUCUUCAAUUGCUGUAAAGGUUUUGCAGACUUCUCCUUCAGCUGGCCUUAAGCCACCACCUUCUGAUCGAAUUAGGUCAUUUAAUGAUAAUGAGUUUGCAAAUCGCCUGAAUGUCAAAAGAAGCACUUCUGUUCAUGCUAGAUGCUAUCCUUUGUCAGAUUUACAAUCAGCGACAGGCAACUUUGCAACUGGCCGCCUUCUUGGUGAGGGAUCCAUUGGACGCGUUUAUAGGGCCAAAUAUACUGAUGGGAGGGUUUUAGCUGUGAAAAAGAUAGACUCCUCACUUUUUCAAGAGCAGAGUGUGGAAGAUUUUACAGAUAUUGUUUCAAGCAUCUCCAAGAUUCACCAUCCAAACAUUGCUGAACUUGUUGGUUAUUGUUCAGAACAGAGGCAUAACAUGUUAGUCUAUGAAUAUUUCAGGAAUGGCUCACUUCAUGAGUUCCUACACUUGUCUGAUGACUACAGCAACCCACUUACUUGGAAUACCAGAAUUAGAAUUGCUCUUGGCACGGCACGUGCUGUUGAGUAUCUCCAUGAGGUUCAUUCUCCAUCCUUGGUUCACAAGAACAUCAAGUCUUCCAACAUUUUUCUUGACGUUGAACUCAAUCCCCAUCUCUCUGACUGUGGUUGCGCAACCUUUUAUCAGCGUACCAGCCAAAACCUGGGGUUGGGAUACAAUGCUCCAGAAUGCACAAAGCCCUCAGCUUAUACCCUAAAGAGUGAUGUUUACAGUUUUGGGGUGGUCAUGUUGGAGUUAUUGACUGGGAGGAUGCCUUUUGACAGUUCAAAAUCAAGAACAGAGCAGUCACUAGUUAGCUGGGCCACCCCACAACUGCAUGAUAUUGAUGCAUUGGAAAAAAUGGUGGAUCCUGCCUUGCGUGGACUGUACCCUCCCAAGUCGCUUUCCCGAUUUGCUGAUAUCAUAGCUCUAUGUGUGCAGUUGGAGCCUGAAUUCCGGCCACCUAUGUCAGAGGUGGUGCAGGCAUUGGUCCGGUUGGUUCAGCGCUCGAGCAUGAACAAAAGAGGAGAUGAUCCUGCUGCUUCUCGCCGGAGAGACGACUUCGAUUAUUAAUGAUAUUAUUGAUGAUCCCUUCUAAUAUAUAUACACGACCUUAAUAUUAGUUACUGUAAAUUAUUGUCGCUGUUUAAAGAUACAUUGUUAAUCUGUUGCUAGUAACAAAUUUCAGGGUUCUUUUUUAAUUUCUAAUUUCUGAGGAUCAUGCUUUCUCGAAUACAGAAGCAGGGUCUAAAGAUUUAGGCCUUGUGGCUGUAGUUAAGGUAUGUUCUGUUUAAACCCAUAGGGUCAUAUGGCUUUGUCCUUGAGAGGAAAAGGUGAUCGACAGAUGGGAUGAGGAGGGAAUGAAAUAGCAAUUAUAUACCAGGGAAUGAAAUAACAAUUAUAUAUGGAGACAAUGAUUUAAGUUGUACAUAAAGAAAAGUUUGUAUUAUUUAAUCCGAUACGAUAGAAUAAACAUAUUUAUAGUGAAAUUUGGAAAUAUUUGCUAUUGAUU